GCCGAUGCCUGUCGCCCGUGACACCGAGACAACAGCUGGCUGGUUCUGUGCGAGCGGCCCAGCAGCGCCGGAGGCCGAACGGGAGUGAGCGUGGGGCUGUAGCGACCUGCGAUUGUGAGAUGGGGACUGAGAACCAGGAGGUGAUUCCCAAGGAAGAAGUUUCUGAAGAAUCUGAGUCACAUGAGUCAAUAUUAGAAAAAUUGCCAAAAGUGGUUUACCAAAGUCAGGAGUUUGGAGCGGCAUAUGAAGAAGAUAUAUCAGAGGAACAUUCAAGAGAAUACACAGAAGAGAUUAUAGAGCAGAUGUCUCCUCAGGAAAGAGACUUUGCAUCAGGGUUGAUUAUUUUUAAGAAAUCACCUUUAAGUGAGAAAGAUCAGGAGAAUAAUGAGAGUGAGAGAGGCAGUCCCAGCCCAAAUCCAGUUACACAUCAGGGAGAUACUAUAGCAGAGGGGGUUAGUAAGUUUCCUACCUCAGGCCAAAACUUCAUAGAGAAUUUAGAACUUAACAAAACACAGAGAUGUUCUGUGGGAGAAAAGCCUCAUACAUGUAAAGAAUGUGGGAAAGCCUUUAAUCAGAACUCACAUCUCAUCCAGCAUAUGAGAGUACACAGUGGAGAAAAACCUUUUGAAUGCAAAGAAUGUGGAAAGACAUUUGGAACUAAUUCAAGCCUUCGGAGGCACCUUAGAAUUCAUGCUGGAGAGAAACCCUUUGCGUGUAGUGAAUGUGGGAAGGCCUUUAUUCAGAGUUCACAUCUUAUCCACCAUCACAGAAUUCACACUGGAGAGAGACCCUAUAAGUGUGAAGAAUGUGGUAAAGCCUUCAGCCAGAAUUCAGCCCUUAUUCUCCACCAGAGAAUCCACACUGGAGAGAAACCUUAUGAAUGUAAUGAAUGUGGGAAGACCUUUAGGGUUAGCUCACAGCUUAUUCAGCAUCAGAGAAUUCAUACUGAAGAAAGAUAUCAUGAAUGCAAUGAAUGUGGUAAAGCCUUCAAGCAUAGCUCGGGCCUUAUUAGACACCAGAAAAUUCAUACUGGAGAAAAACCAUAUCUGUGUAAUGAAUGUGGGAAAGGCUUUGGUCAGAGUUCUGAGCUUAUCCGGCAUCAAAGAAUUCAUACAGGGGACAAACCCUAUGAGUGUAAUGAAUGUGGAAAAACUUUUGGGCAGAACUCAGAGAUUAUUCGUCAUAUUCGAAUUCAUACUGGUGAGAAGCCCUAUGUAUGUAAGGAAUGUGGGAAGGCCUUCAGGGGGAACUCCGAACUUCUUAGGCAUGAGAGAAUUCACACUGGAGAGAAACCUUAUGAGUGCUUUGAGUGUGGAAAGGCUUUUAGGCGGACCUCUCACCUUAUUGUCCACCAGAGAAUUCAUACUGGAGAGAAGCCCCAUCAAUGUAACGAGUGUGCAAGAACGUUUUGGGAUAAUUCUGAGCUGCUUCUCCACCAGAAAAUUCACGUUGGAGAGAAACCUUAUGAAUGUAAUGAAUGUGAGAAAACAUUUAGCCAGCAUUCCCAGCUUAUCAUACAUCAGAGAAUUCACACUGGAGAGAAGCCUUAUGAGUGCCAGGAAUGUCAGAAGACCUUUAGUCGUAGCUCUCACCUCCUUCGACAUCAAAGUGUUCAUUGUAUGGAAUGAUUUGCAAAACAGGAGAAGAUUUUCUGUGGAAAGGCUAAAGUUUGACUUACCCAUUUGUUCAUAACCUACACCCCCAAUUCUCAGAUGAAAAGGAUGGACAGAAUAUCCUUUGUCCUUGCACUGAUUUUGAUUUAAACAGUUGGAAAAGAAUGAGGCACUUUUAUGAAUUAUUCAUUGAGAAGUUUUAGUGUACUGAGUUAAAUCAUAAAAGCUGUUACAGGCCUUAAUUCUCCUCUGUCCCUCUUUCCUUUUUUCCCUUCUCCUUCCAGUGUAUCAUAACUUUAGGGGGCUGUACCAACCAUCUGUCCUAAAUUGUUACUUUUCAGGAAAAGUAGGGAAACAGGAUUCCACCACUCCCUAAGAAUAACAGAGUUGACUCAUUGAAUGUUAUCCCUUAAAAUAUUAAGACAGUUGUGACUCGGAAGAUACGCUUUAUCUCCUGUCCACUGUUUAGCACUGGGAUACUUUAGUUACCCUCCAAAUCUUCCAGCUAUAUUAUCAAGUUCUCUUAUGGCAGCAUUAAUAAAGGAUCAGGAAGCUUGGGUCAUUUCACAUCUGCUAGGCAUCCUCAUUCAUCUAGAGAGGUUUCCAUGGAGGAGGAACUAACUGAUAGGCAACUUAGAGGAUUGUAAGCAAAGGUCUUAGAAUUCAGAGGGUCCAAUUAGGCAAUGCCAGUGGAUAAACAAUAGGGGCCAGACUACUCAGCAUGGGCAGAAGUGGCUUUUAGUCAAUGUCCCCACUUGAGGGUUUCUCUGACUGUUGCCAAGUAUUCUGGAUUCAGUUUUGACCACAGCUCCUGCCACUGCUGACAGAUCUUAUGUCCAGAAGUAGCAGAGAGGACUGUAGCUUCACCUCUGCCGGGUACUUGGCCAGAGAGCUGAGCUGGUUCACAUAACUGGUCAAAGGCCUGGCCUUGCUAAAGCCCUUAUGGUGUCAUGACUUGGAUCCCACUGUUGUAGGUCCUGGCUGAUAGGCCAGGAUGUGACAGCCUCUUGGUUUGCUCCUUGGCCUUGAAAUUAUUUCUUUAACAUUUCUACAUAGGUUUCCUGCAUGUGAUUCUGCAUAGGUUCUCCUAUAUGUGAUUUCUUCUUUAAGGAAACAGUGUCUAUUUUCCAUAUGCCUAUGUUUCUGAGAUAGAAAGUGGUAACAGGAAUUGCAUUAAGAGGGGAUCCAGCAGGUCUAGAGUCUGGUCUUAGAGCUAAACCUUGAAUGAGGUACUUCACCUGCUGAUCUCUGACAUUCUCAUCUGUAAAAUGAGGGGAGUUCAGCUAAACGAUCUCUGAAGUUUCAACCAGCCCAAUAAUUCCUUAAUUGCUUUUAAAACAUUUACAUACUUUUA